GUUAUUCGCCAUCUUCGGUCCGACGUUUUAUAUCUACUAAAAUAGAACGUGUUAAACAUAUAAGGGACACAAGACACUCUAUGUACGGUAAAAAUGCUCCUACUUUUCGUUUAAAGUCAAGAAAGUCUUUCCUGAAGAUGACUAAAAAGUUAUCGGAAACACCCUUAGAAAGCAGGCUAUAUGAGUGGAAAAAACUACUAACUGACACCAUCGGUAAAAGGUGGACGGAACCAUCAGAAAAAUUAAUUCCUGGCUACAACUUAGACCGUCCGGUUUGGACUGGAAACUGA